UCUUAUAUGCUUUCAGGCUUGUUUAAUAAUCAAUCGUGGACACAUUCGUAGUUUGAUCAUUCGAUUUUUGUAUGAUUUUGCAUUCAUCAUUUUCUUUCAGUCUUCUGCAAGCUGCAUUCAACUUUUCGAUAUUGCUGUUUGGCCAACUCCUAAUUCCACGCGAGACGUGUGGUCGUCAUGGGCACGGAGCGCGAGUACGUGCUCAAGUGGCACAGUUUCUCGAGCACGAUCCAGGACGUGUUCCGGCGACUGCUGGACGACUGCGCGUUCGCUGACGUGACGCUGUCGGUGGAGAACCGGCAGCUGCAGUGCCACCGGCUGGUGCUGUCGGCGUGCUCCACCUACUUCGAGACGCUGCUGACGGCGCACCCGCACUCGCACCCCAUCAUCAUCCUGCACGACAUCCCGCACUCGGUGGCGCAGGCGCUCAUCAAGUUCAUGUACAGCGGCGAGAUCCGGCUGCCGCAGAACCAGCUACAGUGCUUUCUCAAGGUGGCCGAGACGCUGCGUAUCAAAGGUCUGACGGAGACUAGCGGCAAGCCAAAGUCGGCGGCGUCGCCCGAGCAUGACAGCCACGGCCGCGAGCCGACGGGCACGGACGUGGCGCCGAUCCCGCCGCUGAUCCCGGCGGCGGCGGCGGCCAGUGCGGUGACGCCGGCGGCGCGGCCGGCCCCCGCCGCCGCCGCCGCCGGCUCCACGGCCUGGGCGCCGGCCCCGGCCGCGCCCACCAAGCGCCGCUCGCCGGAGCCGGCCCACGAGCGAGACGAGCCCGGCACACCGCCACGCGAGUCGGCCAAGCGGCGAAAGUCGCGCGCUCCAGCGCACGCCGAGCCGGAGCCGGAGCAGCCGGAGCCGGAGCCGCUGCAGCUGAAGGUGGAGCCGGCGGAGGAGCCGAUGGAGGAGCCGGCCGAGCAGCCGGCGGAGCAGCCCGAACAGCCCGAACAGGAGGAGGCGAUGGUGUCCCCGAAGCCGGAGCCGGUCAGCGGGGACGAUGAGGAGCCGGAGGCGCCGGAGGAGGACGGGGAGGAGGAGGGGGAGGACUCGGCUCUGAGCGCCCAGCGCCGGCUCGAGGAGGACAUCGAGCUAGUCAGCGGCGAGACGACGCAGGACGGCCCGCCGCCGGCGCCGACCGAGCCGGAGCGGCGCGACACAUCGCCGCCGGCAGUGCCGCUGACUGUCCAGUCGGCCUCGGAGGCAGCCGCCAGCACACUGAUGGACUCGUGUGGCACCGAGAACGCACCCUGGAAGGACCCGCGCUGGAGCAGUCUGCUGCCGGAGGAGAAGGUGAUGGAGGCCAUGGGCAAUAUGCUGGACGUGCCGACGCUGGCCGCCAAACUGAUGAAGAACCUCUUCACCGAGGAGGAGCGCAUCAACUCCAACACGACCGGCGACCACGGGAAACAGAUCUUUGACCGGGAGAAGAUGGACCUCAUCAAGUCGAUCGUGUUCCACGUGAGCAAGGUGGACCGCGAGGACCAGUUUGCACGCGACGACCUCUGGGUGCGCUGUAAGAUGAAGAUCGACAAGUGGAACCGCGACCUCAGGUACAGGUACGCGCGCAAGAAGAAGGACAAGGACACGUCUCUGCCGACGAUGGUGAAGCUCGAGUACAGCUCGUCGGGCGGCCGCGGCGACGAGGACUGGGAGCGUGACGGCCGGGAGCGCUCCGACCCGCCGACGGCCGGCGUGGGCCUGGGCUGGCUGGGCGGGCUCGGCUCGCCACGCGCCGUCACGCCGCAGUGCAGCGCCGACGUGUAGCCGCCCCGCCCCCGCCCCCGCCCCCGGCGGACGGGCGGGGACAGCCGGGCCACGUGCCAUGUGCCAACAGCUGCGCGCCGAGCGCGGCAAGAUCUGAGGGCUGGAGAGCUCCCGAGAGCAGUGUGAGGGGGCCGCGGAGCCCCGACAAAAUACGAGUUCUGGUCGCUAUGCCGUGUAGGGCGUACCGCUUGUGACUAGCACAGCUAACAGUGCGUAGGGGUAUUGUACGGAGGUCUAACAGCUAGUGCCGAGAGCGCGAGACAGAUGCUUUAGAUCUGAGUCCAAGUUUCAGGUCAGUAUAUAUUGCCGUUACUGUGAGGCCGCUCGCCCAGCCGUCGGUCGUGUCCUUUGUAUUUAUAUCCGGCCGGGUAUCGGCUCGGUCGGUCCGCGCGGCGGCCGCGUACUUAUAGAGCGGGUCUGCGUGAGCGGGGGUUUGCCAAGUACUUAUAGCGGCGCCAGCCGGGCCAGAGAAGUAUUCCCGGCGAGUGUGCCAGAGAGAGAGCCGCGCGUCCGUGGCGCCCUGUACAUAAUCAUGCACGCCGUGCCGGCGCUCAUUCCGCAGACGAGUAUCAGCUACAUUCCAGGGCCGGGCGCCCCGCCCGCCCGCCCGCCCGCCAUGUGUGUAUGACGUGCCGUUGUGAAGUGUUUAUCGGAUGUUUGUGCCGCGGCGGGCUCAGCGGGUCAGCCUACCUCCGGUCGACUGACCCGGCCCGGGCCGCCGGCUCACUAUACAUACAUGUUAUCUCGUGUCUGUGUAUAACCUAUGAUGUGCGUGCGCCACCGCGGCGCCCGCGAGGCAGAGGCCGCCGGCGCCCUUCUUUCCUACUGAAUCCAUGCGUGGGUGCAUAUUUGGUUGUAAUUUGUGGUUUUCUCUCCCUCCCUUUGAGUGUUGAUAGCUCUGCGUUGUUCCGGCUGCUCCCAGCCCCAGUGCAGGGUGGUGUUUCGAUGAACUUUGUAUGUGUGCUCGCCCAUGAAUUGAG